AUGCAGUCAGCUUCAAAGGAUCUCAAGGCGCAUGAGCAUGAAAGAGAGAGAAUGGUUUUGGAACGUGAAGUAGUCAUCAAAGAGCAUGCGUCAUUAGAGAGUCAAUCAGCUUCUCCUUGAAGGCACAAAUCAAUAGUCUUGAUGUUGAAGUAGAAGAACAAGAAGCCAAGGUAGCAUCCAUACAUGGUAAUUGUGAUAGUGCUCAAUCUGAGCUUGAUUCUGUCCGCCAUAAGAUGAAAGAGUAUGACACCCAAGUUAGUAGCAUUGUCAAGGAACAGCUAAAGCGGCUGCACAAAAUUACUGAGAUCAAGCUUGAGCAAAAGAAGUUAGAAAAUGAGUUGAAAAGAAUGGAAAUGGAACACAAGGAUUGCUCUACUAGAGUUGAGAAACUGCUGGAGAAGCAUGCCUGGAUUGUAACUGAGAAUCAGUUAUUUGGAAGAAGAGGAGCUGAUUAUGAUUUUGAAUCACGUGAUCCUCAUAGGGCUAGGACUGAACUGGAGAAGCAGAGCAAUCAGGUUUGGAGAAAAGGUGAACAAGAAAGUUAUGGCGAUGUUUGAGAAAGCUG